AUGGGUAAGAAGCAAGCGUCUCCCGCCUACGUCCUUGGCGUGGGCAUGACCAAGUUCAUCAAGCCUCGUGGCAAGGUCGACUACCAUGAGCUCGGUUAUGAGGCCGGUAUCAAGGCCAUGCUGGAUGCUCACAUCAACUACGACGAUGUCGACCAGGGUGUGGCUUGCUACGUCUACGGUGACAGCACCUGCGGUCAGCGCGUCUUCUACCAGUUCGGUCUGACCCAGAUCCCCAUCUACAACGUCAACAACAACUGCUCCACCGGUUCGACGGGUCUCGCCAUGGCCCGCACCAUGGUCUCCCACGGUGCCGCCGAUUGUGUCCUCGUCGUCGGGUUCGAGAAGAUGAACCCGGGAAGUCUCCAGUCCGUCUACAACGACCGGGAGAACCCCACCGGUCUGUUCGGUAUGAUGAUGGCCGAGACUCGUGGUGUCACCAACGCCCCCGGCGCGGCGCAGAUGUUCGGCAAUGCUGGUCGUGAAUACAUGGAGAAGUACGGCGCUAAGAACGAAGAUUUCGCCGAGAUCGGUCGCAUCAACCACGAGCACUCCAAGCGCAACCCCUACUCGCAGUUCCAGACCGAAUAUACCCUGGAGCAGGUCAUGAAGGCUCCCAUGAUCCACGAACCUCUCACCAAGUUGCAGUGCUGCCCCACCUCCGAUGGCGCUGCUGCCGCCGUUGUGGUCUCCCAGGAGUUCCUGGAUGCCCGGCCCCACCUCAAGGAUCAGGCCAUUCUCAUCGCCGGCCAGCAGCUCGCCACGGAUAACAGCACCCUCUACAACCGCAGCUCCAUUGACCUCAUGGGCUUCGGCAUGUCCCGAGCUGCCUGCCGUGCCGCAACCAAGGAAGCGGGUGUGAGCCCCAAGGACAUCAAGGUGUGCGAGCUGCACGACUGCUUCUCUGCCAACGAGAUGAUCACCAUCGACGCCCUGGAGUUGUGCGAACCUGGUAAGGCGCACGAGAUGGUCCGCAAGGGAGACAUCACCUAUGGAGGCAAGAUGGUCAUCAACCCCUCCGGUGGUCUGAUCUCCAAGGGUCAUCCCCUAGGCGCCACCGGUCUCGCUCAGUGUGCCGAGCUGGUCUGGCACCUGCGUGGCUGGGCCAACAACCGUGCCGUGGAGGGCACCGACGCCUGCCUGCAGCACAACCUGGGUCUCGGCGGUGCCGUCGUCGUCACGGUGUACAAGCGCGCGGACGGAAAGGUCGCGGUGCCGGUGCCGAGCGAUGUGGUGGCCAAGAUCACCGGUCUGGGAUACAACCCGGCCGUGGAGGCCAAGGGGUUCACUGCCGAGCAGGCGCGGUCGGUGAUGAGCAAGAAGGCCAGCUCAGAGUACGCUCUGUCGGAUACCCAGGAGCGAGUGCUGGCCCGGUUCUAA